AUGUCUGGUCCUGUUAUUACGUCUUUGUUGGAUACCGACAUGUACAAGAUUACCAUGCAUGCAGCAGUGUUCACGAAUUUUCCUACUGCCGACGUGGUUUAUAAGUACACGAAUAGGUCUAGUCAGUUGACUUUUAAUAAGAUUGCUAUAGAUUGGCUGCAAGAGCAAUUACGCUAUUUGGAAGAUUUGAGAUUUACAAAGGAGGAAGUUGACUAUUUGCAAAGGGAGAUUCCUUACUUGCCUGAUGCUUACAUUGAGUGGAUAAGUAGUGAUGAUUGCAAAUUGAAUCCAAGCGAGCAAAUUCAGUUUGGAUUCGAACCUACUCAAUCUGACGCUAACGAAGAAAGAUUCAAUAUCAAUUUGUUGAUUAAAGGUUUAUGGAAGGAUACUAUUUUAUACGAGAUUCCUGUUCUUGCAUUAAUCUCUGAGGCUUACUUCAAAUUCGUUGAUACGGAUUGGUCUUACGAUGGCCAGAUCGAAAAGGCAAAGGAUAAAGCUUUGAAAUUGUUCGAAAAUGAAUUUGCCUUUAGUGAAUUCGGUACAAGACGUCGUAGAUCCUAUCAUACACAGGAUUUAGUCAUGCAUGGAAUCAUGGAUGCCAUUAAAGAAAACCCUUCAUAUGCCAAGUUUUUCAUUGGAAGUUCUAAUGUCCUUUUCGCCAAGAAAUAUGGUGUCAAACCUAUUGGUACGGUCGCACAUGAAUGGUUCAUGGGUAUUGCGUCAAUCACCAAUGAUUAUGUGAAUGCUAACAAAAACGCCAUGGAUUGUUGGAUCAAGACUUUUGGUCCAGACAACGCUGGCCUUGCAUUGACUGACACAUUUGGUACUGACAAUUAUUUGAAAUCCUUCGUAGCUCCUUAUUCUGAUUAUUACGUGGGUGUCAGACAAGAUUCAGGUGAUCCAGUAGAAUAUACCAAGAAAAUCGCACACCAUUAUCACGACGUCUUAGGUUUACCAAAAUUCAAGAAGGUUGUAUGUUAUUCCGAUUCAUUGAAUGUAGAAAAGGCUAUCGUUUAUGGUAAAGCUGCCAAGGAAAACGGAUUGUUAGCUAGUUUCGGUAUUGGUACCAACUUGACUAACGAUUUCCAAUUAAGAUCAAAUAAUUCUGUCAAGAGUGAACCAUUAAAUAUCGUCAUUAAAUUAUUGACGGUUAAUAGUAACCACGCAGUCAAGAUUUCUGAUAACUUGGGUAAAAAUAUGGGUGAUCCAGCUACCGUGAAAAGAGUCAAAGAAGAAUUAGGUUAUAUAGAGUGUAGUUGGACCGGUGAUAAUGAAGCUCAUCGUUGGACUGAAUGA